GGGCGGGGGCGAGUGCUCGGGCCCCGCCCCGGCCCCGCCCCGCUCCGGAGCUGCCCGGGACGCAGGGAGGAGGAGGGUAGCUCGGCCCGGGCUGCCCGCAGCGCCGCGCUCCUGCAAGCUCCCGUCCGGCCCCUGCAGGUGCCAUGACUCAGCAGCCCCAGGAGGGCUUCGACAGGAGCGUGGAGGACGCCCGCCAGUGGAUGAGGGCCGUGCAGGAGCGGCUGCAGAUCAAUGACAACACCCAGGGGCCCCGCACGGCGCUGGAGGCCAGGCUGCGGGAGACUGAGAAAAUAUGCCAGCUGGAGCCAGAGGGCCGCGUGAAGGUGGAUGUGGUGCUACAGGCGGCCGAAGCCCUUCUGGCAUGUUGCCACGAGGACCAGAAGACCGAGAUCCUGGCUCGGCUGAGAGACAUCAAGGCCCAGUGGGAGGAGACGGUCACCUACAUGAUCCACUGUCACAGCCGGAUCGAGUGGGUGUGGCUGCACUGGAGCGAGUACCUGCUGGCCCGGGAUGAGUUCUACCGCUGGUUCCAGAAGAUGACGGUGGCGCUCGCGCCCCCCGUGGAGCUGCAGUCCAGCCUGAAGGAGAAGCAGUGGCAGCUGAGCCACGCCCAGGUGCUGCUGCACACCGCGGACCACCAGGCGGUGCUCCUGGACCGGCUGCUGGAGGAGGCGGCCUCCCUGUUCAACAGGAUCGGGGACCCCAGCGUGGACGAAGAUGCCCAGCAGCAGAUGAAGGCUGAGUAUGACGCCGUGAAGGCCAAAGCCCAGGACAGAGUGGACUUUCUGGAGCAGGUGACCCACGAGCAUGAGUGUUUCCAGGCGAGCGUGGAAGAGUUCCAGUUGUGGCUGAAGGCGGUGGUGGAGCGGGUGGAUGGCUGCAUGGGGCGGAAGUGCCGGCUGAGCAUCCAGGACCGUCUCUUGGCACUGCAGGGAAUUGCCAGUGAUUUUCCUAAGGGUGAGGAGUCCCUGAAGAGGCUGGAGGAGCAGGCCGUGGGGGUCACCCGGAACACCUCUCCUCUGGGUGCAGAGAAGAUCACCAGAGACCUGGAGGAGAUGCGGGACGUUCUGGAGAAGCUGCGUGGGCUCUGGGAGGAGGAGCAGGGAAGGUUGCGGGACCUGGUCAAGUCCAAGGGAGCCUGCGAGCAGCAGAGGGGGCAGCUGGAGGCCGAGCUGGCAGAGUUCAGGAAGGACCUUCAGAGGCUGGCAGAGGAGGGCCUGGGGGCCACGGUCAAGGCCGCGACCGAGGAUGAGCUGGUGGCCCGCUGGGGACUCUACUUGGCAACCCGGGCGGCACUGGCCGCGGAGGAGCCGCGGGUGGACCGGCUGCAGGCCCAGCUGAAGGAGCUCAUCGUCUCCCCCCAGGACCCGCAGCCACUCUCGGACAGCGUGGUCGCUGCCGUCCAGGAGUACCAGAGAAUGAAGGCCAAGAGCAGCAGGCUGUGCAACGCCGCGGCCACGGAGCUGUGGCAGCGUUUCCAGCGGCACCCCCAGGACCUGCAGCUGUGGAGGGAGCUGGCCCAGAGACUCCUGGAUGUCACCGCCAGCCUGCCAGACCCGCCCUCCAUCCACACCUUCCUGCCGCAGAUCGAGGCGGCCUUGACAGAGAGCUCCCGCUUGAAGGAGCAGCUGACGAUGCUGCAGCUGAAGAAAGACCUGCUGGGCAGCAUCUUCGACCAGGAGAGAGCCACAGCCCUGCUGGAGGAGGUGGCGACUUCCGUGAGGGACAGAGACUUGCUGCACAACCGCCUUCUGCAGAGGAAGAGCAAACUGCAGAGCUUACUUGCUCAGCACAAAGAUUUCGGGGCGACUUUCGAGCCUUUGCAGAAAAAACUCUCAGGCCUCCAAAUCCGGGUCCAAGCCGAGAAUGGGCUUCGGCGGAACCUUCCUGAGAAACAGACCCAGCUUCUGAGGUUGCAGGGGCUGCAGGAGGAGGGGAUGGACCUGGGGUCUCAGGUGGAGGCCAUGAGGCCCCUCUUCCAGGGGAACCCUAACCACCAGCACAAAAUGGACCAGCUUUCCGCCGCCCACCAGGCCCUGCAGAGGACUCUGGAGGACCUCCUGGAAGGACGCCAGCAGAGCCUGCGGGAACAUUGCACCUUCAACCACGAGCUGCUGAAGCUGCGGCAGUGGAUCUCUGUGAUCACACAGAAGCUGGAGGCUCACCGUGGGGACAUGGGCCCAUGGGAUGCCCAGUCCCGGGAGGCUGAGAUUGAGAGGCUGCUGGCUGAAUUCCCGGAGAAGGAAGCCCAGCUGCCCAAGAUGGAAGCGCUCGGCCAGCUGGUGAUGGAGGCGUCUUCUCUGGAGGGAGCUGCUGUGGUCCAGGGGGAGCUGGAGGAACUGACCGAGUCAUGGAGGGCCUUGAGGCAGCUUGAGGAGAGCCUGCUGAGCCUCAUCAGAAACCAGCAGCUGCAGAGGACAACAGAAGUGGAUUCAGGGAAGAAAAUGAUUUUCACCAACAACAUCCCAAAGACUGGGUUUCUCAUCCUCCCCACGGAUCUUACUUCCCGGCAUCGCCGUCAGGCAGGUCUGCUCCAGGGGGAACGAGGCAGCCAUGAGGAUUAUUCCCAGUCCCUGAGGAACUUUGAGGACUGGUUGCAGGAGGAAAACUCCAAGCUGGUUAGGAUCAUUGCCAUGAAAACUGCCACCGCCAAGGACUUGAGGACCAGAGCAACAAAGCUACAGGAACUGGAGGCUCGAAUACCAGAAGGUCAGCAUCUCUUCGAAAACCUCCUUCGUCUCAGGCCAGCCAGCGAGUCCUCGGACAAGCUAGAGGAUCUACGCUACCGAUGGAUGCUGUACAAGUCCAAGCUCAAGGACUCCAGCCACCUGCUGACGCAGAGUCCUCUAGGGGAGCCGACUGGAUUCCGAAAGGUCACCGAUUCACUUCACAGAUGUUUGCUGAGCUCUGACUUUGUACCAAGCACUGAUGCAAGUACCUGGGGUAGACUACCAGAGCAAAGGCCUGCCAGGGCCGCGCGCUGGCGAGGGCUGGGCUCUCUCUGCCGGAAGGUGUGCUGCGUGGCGCUCCCCCUGCAGUUGCUGCUGCUGCUCUUCCUGCUGCUGCUCUUCCUGCUCCCAGUCGGGGAAGAGAACCGCAGCUGCUUCCUGGCCAACAACUUCGCCCGCUCCCUCACGCUCAUGCUCCGCUAUGACGGGCCCCCGCCCACCUAGCCCCGUUCCCCCCAACCGGGGGCACUAGGGGGAUGCUCUUCUCCAAACUUCCAGCCGCCCCAGAGGAUGCUGGGGGACCUGGAAACAGAGGCAGGCCAGAGCCCGCUGGGCUGCAUCCAUGUAAAUACUAUAUCGAUGUUCUCAGAACAAAAUUACUUUUUUAUACAGUGUUGUCUUAGUCUAUUUAUACUAAAUGUGUACUACGUGUGACUGAGGGGAUAAUGCAUAGCCAUUUCUUUUAUAUGCUCUGUAUGUAAAUGCUCAGUAUGUAUCAUUUCACAUAUGACCUCUAUUUGUCAUUGGGAAAAUUCCCAACAGUGUUUUUGUCCCAUGGGAUCUUGCAGCAUUUUGGCCUUGGUCUGCAGUCAGCCCUGGAAAGCAGGGACAAGAAUGUGUCACUUGUAUGGCCAUCUCCUAUCCAGAAACCAAGCCCCACGUCCAGAUGUUCAUGAAGAGGACUCUGAGACGUCGACACGGAAGAAUGGCGUUGGCCCUUGCUCAGAGCCCAGUGACUCUUGGUCUAGGCACAGUCAGGACAGCCGCGCUCCUCUAGGCUUCAGAGUGACUGCAGACUAGAUGCUGUGGGUGAGAAGCAGAGAAAGGGCUGAUUCUGGGCUGGCCCAGGAGCAGCAGUGAAACAUGGCAAGUGAGAGUGAAAUUAACGGAGGAAAGAAGAACUCCAAGGAGCACACCCGGAGCUAAGAAAAGCACAGCAGAAGGGGGACCUCGGGGAGCCUGAAUAGCCCAGACCAGUGAGAAAGGUCCGUGGUCUGAGUCUUCAGGGAAUGGUUAGGUCAUGCUGCCCAUGUUCUCUGCUCUGCUUGGGAAUAAAAUGAAGAAGGAGCUUAUUGUCAAGAUUCCCACGUGGAAGGAUAAGCACACUGUCUGUAGCACCCAAGUGUCUGACGGUGCCGGAAAGAUGUGUUACCUCUGUUGCGCCAAGGCUGAGUUUUUCAUCAUCUACGGCUCCGGCUGCAGGGACAGAGGGAAGCAUCUGACCGACCAGGGACCAGAGAUCAGGGGUCCAAGACAGAGAGGAGGGGUCAUCUGCAGAACUCAGCCAGUCUGGAGGGCUCUCUCCUCCUCCCAGAAGGGACUUUGGAGAAAGCUGGGUCCUCUGGGCCACGAAUGUCCCACACAGGUGCCCACAAGGGACCCAGGGUCCAGAUGCCCCAAACCAGGCCCUCUCUGCAAGUGCUUGGCAGUUGGGCCCAUGAGCCACCUGGGCCUUGAGGCUGGAAGUAUUGCAUUGGCCAAAAAAUUCAUUUGGGUUGUCUGUAACAUCUUAUGGAAAAACCCGAAUGAACUUUUGGGUCAACCCAAUACAUCCCUUCCUCCCCAGGGAGUUCUGGAAUGGUUCCUAAGUGUUUCAUCACUGGAUCCUAUUUUCCCCAAAUCAACACUAAAGUCUCCUUUUUAAAAAAUGCUUAGUGACCAUUCUUUACUGAUUGAUUUUGUAUAUUCAACUACACAUAGGAGACCAAGAGGGGAUUCUUCAGGCCUUUGAAACCAGUGUCACAGACCCAGAAAGGCCUUUAAACAGAGGGGAAGCUGAAGACCUCGGAGGGUCCAGGCCCCCAGCAUUGUGCCCCCCUCCCCCACACUGCCCUCUGGGCCUCGCAGAACUGGGAAGAGCUGGACACUCACAGGGCAGGAAAGCAGGGUCACAGAGAGGAGACCUCCAGGCUGACAUAGAAAGUGAGCUUUCCUCCAGAUAUUCAGAGACCAAGCCACAAGGCCAUUCUCCACGGGUGGCGGCUUUCCUGGAAAAUCUGGGGCUGCAUGAACCAAGACCUCGGGCCCAGGCAACUGAGCCCAGAUCCUGACUGGGUUGAGAAGGUCAGCACUGUGGCGGGGCUUUUGAACAUCCCCACGCAGGCGGAGACCCAGAGAGGGGAAGUAACUUACCCAGAGCCACACAGCGGCGGCGGCUAAGGCCAGAGCCGAUCCUGGUCACUGCUGCCUCUGGGUGGUGCCCGGCUCACUGUCGUGCCCCACCAUAUCUGUAACUUCAAACAGGCUUGAGUGACAUGAAUUCAGUUGGGUCACGUGUCCUACGUAUCAGGGAGGGAGAAUCUGUAAUGUGUGGGCUGGCGGGAGGAAAUGAACAUAUAUUUUUUAAACUUUGAUACCAUAGAGCUUGUUUGCAUAACUUUUUUUUUAAAAAAAAGGAGAAUUUAUAUUUUCAUUACUUUCAUAUAAAGACAGUUGUGAUAUGACAUAACCAUUGUGUACUGGUGCUUCUCAAGUUUAUCUCUUUUGUUUAAAAGUAGGUGCAGAUAAUUAUGAAUUUUAUGAUGUUCUAGCUUCCUGAGGACCAACCUCAAAGAGCUUUCACGUGCCUUUUGAGAAGGGUGUCGCGGUGGGACCUUCAUGCGUGUAUUUUUGUCUGUCCCCCGGAGGGUGAGAGGUGGUAAGAUGUGUCAAGGUCACUGCCCAGCCCAGUGGUGUGUGUCUGUGUGUUGUGUGUGUGUGCACACAUGUGCAAUGUGUGUGAGAGACAGGGAUAGAGGAAGGGAGAAAGAGAGAAAGAGGGAGAGAGAGAGAGAGAGACAAAAUGAUGGAGAGAGAGAAAGAGGGGGAGAGACAGAGGAGGAAGAUGAAGAAGAAGGGGGGAGGGAAGGGGAGGGGAAGGAAUACAGAAACACAGGGGAGCCUGAUCAAAGCUGCCGCUGCCCUCCUUAGCUGUCUCUCCAUCACCUGAUGCGGGGUUCCCUGCCCCCGGGGUGGCCUUAUCUGGGCGGUGCGGGUGGGGUGGGGAGGGGUCCCUGCCUGCCCUGUGAAUCCGUGGCUUCCUUUGAGGGUCUGUUAUCUGCGUGUCCCCCUAGGGGCAGCACAGUGACCUCCAGCAAGCCUCUCACAUCCCUGGCCCAGUCAGGACUGCGCCCUAAUUUCUUCUCUCGUGGGAACUCAGCUACCAGGGUUGGGGUUCCACCUCUUCCUCUCACUCCAAUAGGAUUGUUACCUGUCUGGGUCAGCAACAGAGGAGAGGGCAUGAGGCUGUGAGCGGUGGGUGCAGGUUCAGCAUGAAACACAUGGGCAUCUACCCCCAUGGCUGCAUCCACGGCAGACAUCAAUAAUUGACCACCAAGCCCUUCCCCUCCCCAAGGACCUCAAAGGACUUCACAGUCCUUCUCAAAACCAGUCCAGGCAGCUACUGCCAAUCACUCACAUUUGUCAUGUGAGAAAAACCCGUUUGACAUCCUUGUACCCAAUCCUAGUCCCCUCAGAAAACUCUCAAUUCUGGCCUCCUUUUUAAUUUUAAAAUUAGGGUGUCCCCAGUGACUUCCUUUUAGUCCAGCCCCUAGGGGAGACAAACUAACCCCAGAAAGCAGGUGAUGGGCUGAAUUAUCACACAGGACUUUUCAGAAAAGCAUAGAGUAGGGGAUGCUAGAUUGCCAGUGUUGGUAUAGACUGUCUUGGUCCAACUUUUUGCCCGUUUUACAGAUGAGAAAACUGAGGUCCUGACAGCUCCUCUUCACCCAGCGAAUCCAGAGAAUUUGUUCAAGAGGUGAGGGUAGAUCUCUGCACCCACUGGGUGACAGAGUGACCCUGCUCAGUGCUGAGCAAGGUGGAGCUGGAGCUCUGGUGUUAAGAGCUUGUGACCUUUGGUGAGUCACCUGCCACCUCCCAGCAGCCCCUGGUAAAAGGGGAAGUUAACCCUGGAACAUCCCAUCCCUACUUGCAAUGUUGGAUAUUCUGGGAAGAUGAUGGUGGGCUUCUGUCUUGAGGCAGAAUCUCUAGAGUCAGCCAUAAAUGUCAGAACCUCCUCUUCUACCAACUUGCACUUAAAUCAGGGGAUAUUGCUCAUCCCUCAUCGUGAGAAGUCAAGAGGUGGGCAGCUGUUGGCAUCAUUUCCUCAGUUCAGAGAUGUCAGAAACAAGGUUUCUGAGGCUCUCUUUUCUUUCCCUUAUGAUUACCUCAUGGCCCAAGAUGCUUGCUCUACCUCCAGAUUUUUCAUCUGGAUUCCAACUGGAAGAAGGGGGAUGAGCUGGCUGGAAAAUUUUCAGGAGCUUUCCCAGAAGCCCCAUCCAGACACUACUGUUACAUCUCAUAGGUCAGAACCAUGUGACAUGGUUCCUUGAUAUUUUCAAGGAAUCUGGAAAUACAUCCCCCCAACAAAACGGGCAGCUCUUAGCAAGAAGGAGGGGUUGAGUGGAUUGGGGUAUCACUUAGGUGUCUCUGCCCUAGUCAUCUUGACCCUCUGUGUCUUGGUUUCAUACUCUCAGCAGAACUCAGGAGCAUUCAUCAUUGAGGGGUGAGAAUGACCUUACCAACACUGCCCCCCACCUGCCUCCCCAGAUGACAGGGGUCCCUGAGUCCUUCGAGUCCCUCCCCCUUUGGAAGGCAUCAUAGCUUAUCCCUCUGUACUCAUGAUACUUCUAGACCCACUUUCUUGCAAAUAAAUCAAGUGCCCUUCUUGACCAGAGUGUGUGCAAAGGCAGUCCCCUACCCCCUACCCCAUCCUGUCUGUGUAGACCCCGGGAUAAGCUUUUUAACACUUUUGUAUUUGAAUUCAGCCCAGGAAAUUUAUGGUUCCUUUAAUUUCUUCUGGAACAUGAGUUACUCCUGGGCACAGAUCCUGAAAAGAAAAGCUUUCUGAGCUUUUCCAGGCUUCCCCCCACCCAUUUUCCAGCUAAGCCCCCAGAAGAGAACUUGGGAAGACACACAGCCCAGGUGGCUCCCAGCAUCUGCCUGAUGGAGCCCACGGUGCCUCCAGCAGAGGGGCAGAUUCAAAAGACUUAGACCAUCACUUCUUAGUUUCAAUUACAAGAGAAAGGCCUCCUGUUUGUCAAAGUGAGAAAAAGCGGAAAUCAUUUUUUUUUUAAGAAGUUAAAAAGACAAAAGCUCACCAUCUAAAAACAGAUCAGGCAGAGCACCCAGAGCCUUUGAGAAUAGUCAGCCUAUUCAGCAUCCUUCAGUGCCUGCCUUUUGGUUGUCAUGGUAACGGGACAGCUGCUUACAGGUUGGUACCCAAGCACCUUGUCCAGACAGGGGCCGGGAAUCCUACAGAGGGACCUCAGUUUUCCCAAAAGGUCCCAGGCUUCCUUUCAGGAAAGUUUACUUCUAAGCUCGGCAACCAGAGCUCAGGGAGGCAGCCCUUCUUCCUGUUCUGAUGGAAAUGAGAGGGAAGAAACAAACAGGGCCUGCAAGCGGACCCUGACUUCUUCCAAAAGCCCAUGGCAUGAAGUCCUGGUCUUGUUUUUAGGUGAUGAAACCAGAGGACAGAGAGGGUUAGCAGUCUCCCUAAAAGCAACCAGCUAGUGGGCGAGUGGUCGAGCUGGGACUUGCACCAUGGAUGAUGGGCUCCAGGCAUCUCUUCUUCAGCCUCAACUGCUUUUCUUUCCUUGGCAGGCCUGGGUUGCUGCUGCUUUGGUAGCUGGUUAGCUAGUUGAAGGGCUUCCCAAAUGGCUCAGCGGUAAUGAAUCCCUCCGCCAAUGCAGGAGACGCAGGUUCAAUCCCUGGGUUGGGAAGCUCCCCUGAGAAGGCAAUGGCGACCCACUCCAGUAUUCUUGCCUGGGAAUUCCCAUGGAUGGAAGAGCCUCGUGGGCUACAGUCCAUGGGGUCGCAGAGUUGGACAUGACUGAGUGCGUGUUCACAGCGGCUAGUUGAGGGUAAUGUCCCAGAGCAGGACUUCUUCCCCAUGCCGUCCCCCAGGGAGCUGGCAACACCAGGGUGACAUGCCGGGAGACGGAGGCAAGGUGCUUCCCUCCCCUGCAAAAAUAGAAACAGACCGCCUCUGCAGGGCAGCUGAAGGGCAGGGUUGGCUUUGGGCUGUGGCUGCCUGUAGGGCUGUUCUGAUUCCUUCUACUGGAGGGAAGAAAGAGGCAUUUUCUCUGCAGAAACAGUGGCCUUGCAUGUUCUAGAAGUUUCAUGGGUGAGGAAGAAAUGGACAGAGAAGUUUUGUGUGAAUGUGGUGUGUGUGUGUACACGUGUGUGUGGGAGGCGGGAAUGGGUAUGUUCUACACAGUCCUCUCCACCCAGAAGCACAGAGGCGCAGCCCCUGGUUCCUGCCCUGGGCUUGUGGACAACAGAUCCAUCAGCCCGUGGUCUCUGGGACCCUCAGGAUGACCACACUGGACCCAGGAUGUGUCCCCUGAUUCCAGCAUUUUAUGCCUCUUGAGGGGAGCCACCGGCCAGUCUCCACACAAAGGGGAGGGCAGCUGACCCCCGAGGUCUCUGCCUUCUGAAAGGCUCCCUGAGGCUGGUUUGGAAACAUGCCUUCUCUUUUUACUGGGCUGGCGCACAACCUGCUCAGAGAGGAGGACUCCAUUCACGGGGUCCUAGUUUGCCCAUUUCUGUCUUACUCUGUGUGUCUUUCUGUGUCUGUUAGAAACCCGUGAUGUUCAAAGAGGCUGAAAAAAACAACAGGAGAUCAUCAUCGAACAGCUCGAGAAUGCUGGCUUCUGUCCAUUUUUCUGCUUUCAACCACUAUUUCUUAAAACAUUUAUGAUCUCAAUGUAUGUGGAUGAGGAAUGACUAGUUCUGCGUUCACUUUUCAAUUAUGUUUGAUUUUGUAGGGCUCCUCUGACGAAGGAUCAGCUUUGAUUCUUUUCAUUUGCUUAUGUAUAUUCAUUCCAUGUUCUCUUCCAGGAAAGGUUUAAGGCAAGAUUUGAGUGUAUACAAGGUUAACAUGGUCAUUGUAGGGCUAGAAAUAACCUCUUUAUUGAGCAUACAAUCUAUUUUUAACCAAUAAAUGGACUGGCUAAUUUUUUAAAAAAAAAAUGUAUCCGGGAUCCAAAGGAAGGAAGGAAGAAACCAGUGGCUGAUCAUGGAAUAUAUUGAGCACCUAAGAUGACGGAAGCAGGAAAAAUGGCAAGUUUUUAGUACGAGCUUUGGAGGUAUCACUAUCCCCCACCCGCCCAUUUCAAGUCCAGAAGACCAACCCUCUCAUCCCAAAACACACGAGCUUGAUAGAUUUGUUAGUUUCUCUUGUCCCCCUCUCCCAAGUCGGGGCUCGGGAACGAGAGGGUCCCAUACCUCCCCAGAUCUCCACGUGGAGGCAUUGCCACUUUCCUGCAGUCUGUCUACCAUUAGUCAAAUCCACAGAGGCAAAAAUCAGCCCAUCCUUGCCCUUGAAACCCGGUGACACUAGCCAAGUACCGACCAGCUAUUCAUGUGGCUGGACUGGUCUGGUUAAGGCUGGGCGAGCCAGGUGAGGGUACGGUCCGAUGUGUGUGUGUGUGUGUGUGUGUGUGUGGAUGCUGUGUCCGUGGGUUUUGUCGUCAAAAGCAAACUAAUUUUUUAUCUUUGUUUAAAAUGUCCUACUAUGUAAACAGUAGGCACGGGGACCAUAUUCACUCCUGUCGUAUUAUUUGUGCUGGUGAAACACGCAUUUGUAACAAAUUAAGCUUUCUGGGAAGGCAAGCAGAGGGGGGAGCCCAGUGACUGCCUUGGAACAUGUGUGUCUUAUCUCAGUUCAUAUCAAGUCCAAAAGCAGCCAAGAGCCUCCCCUGCCUUCCCUGCUGGGGACCGGGAGGGACUCCAGGGCCCUUGGAAAUUCUCCUCUGUGCUCUGUUUUAAAGUCGCGUGAAGCUUCCGUCCCCUUCCUGUUGUUCAAGCUGGAAAUGGCCAUGUUGUUAAAGAUGGCUCGACAUUUUGGCGGUUGCUUUAUGUUUCCUACAAUGUAUCUGCCUUAUGUUUGGAAAUAAAAAUCUCUAUUUUGGCCUAUGAA